AUGACGGGUCUCACACAUCUUUUCGACAGGAUGGAAUUGAUCACAAAGAGAUUCUAUAUCAGUCUCUUCGCUCUUCAACAUUUGUGUCAAACCCCGUUAUCCACUGGAGAAAUACCACCACGGAUUCUACCUGCUGAGGUACGUGCACCAAUCCAGACCAUGAAGGCAGCCACGGCUUCGCGGCUGGAUCAUGUAUCGGCCAACUUCUUACGAGCUGGAGGACAUCGCUUACACGGGAUGCUUGCAGCAUACCUAAAGUUUCAAGGAAAGGAUCCCCGACCAGUGCAGAACCUCCGAACAAUCCUAAGAAGGGCGAUAGGAAGGAUCUUCAGAAAUGCCGCUCAAGAUGUCUGCUGA